UCUUUGACCGACACCGUUGUUUCUUGGAAGAAGAUGCGAAAAACAUAAAGCAUUCCUUUCCUAUUCCCCUUUCCCUCCAAUUUGCAGGUCAAUCGAGUGUUUCUGUUCUUAAAAUCCUCUUCAUCUUUGAUGCUCAUCGGUGACCAGGUGCGAUCGAUCAAUGGCUGCUUCUUCUUCUUCUGGCCGUCAAUGGAAAUACGAUGUGUUCAUCAAUUUCAGAGGGGAAGACACUCGCAAGGACUUCGUCAACCAUCUUGACAGAGCUCUGCGUCAGAAAUCAAUCAACACCUUCAUCGAUGCCCAAGAGAUCAGAAAAGGCGACCACCUUUCCGAGCUCCUGACAGCGAUUCGAGAGUCAAGGCUUUCGAUUGUUGUUUUCUCUCAAAACUAUGCUUCUUCCACUUGGUGCUUGAAGGAACUCGUGGAAAUCUUGAAAUGCAAGGCUACCAAGGAACAGAUUGUACUCCCUAUUUUCUACGAAGUUGAUCCGUCUGAUGUUCGUAAACUCAAGAGUAGAUUCGGUGAAGCUUUUGUUCAGCACGAUCACGAUUCUAACGCCGAAAUGGAAGAGGUUCAGAGCUGGAGAUCCGCUCUUACAACUGCCACCAGUUUAUCCGGCUGGGAUUCGCGAAACUAUGAGGAGGAUGCAAAGCUUAUUGAGGAAAUUGUGGAAGAUGUUUUUAGAAAAUUGAUCCACAUUUCAUCAACACCACGCAAAGAUAAUGGCUUGGUUGAAAUGGAUUCUCAUAUGCACGAAAUGCAUUUAUUAUUACAUCCUGAUCCUUCUGGGGUGGAGUUGGAUGAUGUUCGUGUUGUUGGAAUAUGGGGUAUGGGUGGUUUAGGCAAAACAACCAUCGCUAGAGCUGUUUACGACGAAAUCGCUUGUCGAUUUGAAGCUUGUUGCUUUCUUGCAAAUGUUAAGGAGGGUUUCAUGAAGCAUGGUGAACUACAUAUGCAGACACAACUUCUAUCUAGUAUCUCGGGCAACAAGGUAGGGAGUUCCGACAUAUUGAAAAAAGGUUUCCACGUGAUGUUAAAAAGCCUUGGUCACAAAAAAGUUCUUGUUGUUGUUGAUGAUAUAGACAAAUUAGCUCAAGUUGAAGCCUUACUCGGAAAGGAACAUUCUUUUGGUGGUGGAAGUAGAAUCAUUAUAACAACUAGAGAUGUGCAAUUACUAAGCAGAGCUAAUGCGAUAUAUAGCCCCAAGAUUUUAUGUGGUGCUGGAGCUCUGGAACUCUUUAAGCGGUAUGCCUUCAGAACAAGCCAACCCACCAGAGAUUAUGAUUAUCUUUCGUGGUGUGUCAUACAAUAUGCUCAAGGUCUGCCUUUAGCACUCAAAGUCUUGGGAGCUUUUCUUGAUAACAAAACUGUACGCGAGUGGGAAGAUGUGUUAGAAAAGAUAAGGAAUAUCCCACAAAGGGAAAUUCAUGAUGUGCUUAAAACAAGCUUCGAUGGACUAGAUGACACAAAGAAGGACAUCUUUCUAGAUAUUGCAUGUUUCUUUAAAGGAAUGCAAAAGGACUAUGCAAUUGAAAUUAUGGACGGUUGUGGUUUCUAUCCUCAUACUGGUAUAAGAGUUCUAAUUGAUCGAGCUCUCAUAACUGUCUCAUGGAGGGGGGAACUGGAGAUGCAUGAUUCACUACAGGAAAUGGGUCGGGAAAUAGUUCGCCAAGAAUCUAUCAAAGAGCCAGGGAGACGAAGCAGGUUGUGGAGUUAUGGAGAUGUUCAUCAUGUGCUAACUCAAAAUACGGGUACAGAAGCAGUUGAAAGCAUAAUCCUGGAUUUGUCGAACUCAGAUGAGGUAUGCUUAAAUGCUGAAGCUUUUGAUAGUAUGACUCAACUAAGACUUCUCAGGAUCAGUCAUUCUUACGGCAAACAACACCUGAUUGGGCACUUAAAGUUUCUUUCUCAUGAGUUGAGGUGUCUUUCCUGGCCUGGAUCCCCCCUUAAGUCUUUGCCAUCCAACUUUCAAUUCAAAAAUCUUGUUGACCUUGACAUGCAAUAUAGUCGCAUUGAACAACUUUGGGAAGGAACACAGCAGACGCUGGGAAAGUUGAAAUUCAUCAAUUUAAGAUAUUGUGAAUACCUUAAGGAAACGCCUGACUUUACAAAGGUGCCAAAUCUUGAGAGGCUAAUUUGUGCAAGUUGUAUAAGUUUGGUUGAGGUUCACCCAUCUAUUUUGACUCUUACAAACCUUGUUUUAUUGGAUCUGAGUGGGUGCAACAAACUUACGAUUCUAGCCAGCAACAUUCGUAUGCAAUCUCUUGAAACCCUUGAUCUUUCUAGGUGCUCAAGUCUUGAGAUGUUUCCAGAGAUUUUAGAAGUUAUGGAGGAACUACAAGAGCUUAAUUUAUCCCAGUCAAAAAUUAAAGAGCUGCCCUCGUCAAUUAAUAAUCUCACGAGGUUGAGAUAUUUGAAACUAAAAGAUUGCAAGGAACUUAAGAGCCUUCCUAGCAUUCGUAUGAAAUCUCUCAAAACCCUUGAUCUUUCUGGUUGCUCGAGUCUUGAGAUGUUUCCAGAGAUUUUAGAAGUUAUGGAGGAACUACCAGAGCUUGAUUUAUCCGGAUCAAAAAUUAAAGAACUGCCCUCGUCAAUUAAUAAUCUCACGGGAUUGAGGUAUUUGAACCUAAAAUAUUGCAUGGAACUCAAGAGUCUUCCAAGCCUCAUUCGUAUGCAAUCUCUUGAAACCCUUGAUCUUUCUAGGUGCUCGAGUCUUGAGAUGUUUCCAGAGAUUUUAGAAGUUAUGGAGGAACUGCAAGAGCUUAAUUUAUCCCAGUCAAAAAUUAAAGAAUUGCCCUCGUCAAUUAAUAAUCUCACGGGGUUGAGAUAUUUGAAACUAAAAGAUUGCAAGGAACUUAAGAGCCUUCCUAGCAUUCGUAUGAAAUCUCUCAAAACCCUUGAUCUUUCUGGCUGCUCGAGUCUUGAGAUGUUUCCAGAGAUUUUAGAAGUUAUGGAGGAACUACCAGAGCUUGAUUUAUCCGGAUCAAAAAUUAAAGAACUGCCCUUGUCAAUUAAUAAUCUCACGGGAUUGAGAUAUUUGAACCUAAAAUAUUGCAUGGAACUCAAGAGUCUUCCAAGCCUCAUUCAUAUGAGAUCUCUCAAAAACCUUUAUCUUUAUGGCUGCUCGAGUCUUGAGAUGUUUCCAGAGAUUUUAGAAGUUAUGGAGGAACUAGCAGAGCUUAAUUUAUCCAGAUCAAAAAUUAAAGAAUUGCCCUCAUCAAUUAAUAAUCUCACGGGGUUGAGAUAUUUGAAACUAAAAGAUUGCAAGGAACUUAAGAGCCUUCCUAGCAUUCGUAUGAAAUCUCUCAAAACCCUUGAUCUUUCUGGCUGCUCGAGUCUUGAGAUGUUUCCAGAGAUUUUAGAAGUUAUGGAGGAACUACCAGAGCUUGAUUUAUCCGGAUCAAAAAUUAAAGAAUUGCCUUCUUCAAUUAAUAAUCUCACGGGGUUGAGAUAUUUGAACCUCAAAGAUUGCAAGGAACUCAAGAGUCUUCCAAGCAUCAUUCAUAUGAGAUCUCUCAUUGCCUUUGAUCUUUCUGGCUGCUCGAGUCUUGAGAUGUUUCCAGAGAUUUUAGAAGUUACGGAGGAACUACUAAAGCUUGAUAUAUCUGGGUCAAAAAUUAAAGAACUACCCUCGUCAAUUAAUAAUCUCACAGGAUUGAGAUAUUUGAACCUAAAAGAUUGUAAGGAACUCAAGAGUCUUCCAAGCGUCAAUCAUAUGAGAUCUCUCGUAAAUCUUGGUCUUUCUGGCUGUUCGAGUCUUGAGAUGUUUCCAGAGAUUUUAGAAGUUACGGAGGAAUUACUAGAGCUUAAUAUAUCUAGGUCAAAAAUUAAAGAAUUGCCCUCAUCAAUUAACAAUCUCACAGGGUUGAGAUAUUUGAACCUCAAAGAUUGCAAGGAACUCAAGAGUCUUCCAAGUGUCAUUCAUAUGAGAUCUCUCAAAAACCUUUAUCUUUCUGGCUGCUCGAGUCUUGAGAUGUUUCCAGAGAUUUUAGAAGUUACGGAGGAACUAGAAGAGGUUAAUUUAUCCGGGUCAAAAAUUAAAGAAUUGCCCUCAUCAAUUAAUAAUCUCAUGGAGUUGAGAUAUUUGAACCUCAAAGAUUGCAAGGAACUCAAGAGUCUUCCAAGCGUCAUUCAUAUGAGAUCUCUCAUUGCCCUUGAUCUUUCUGGCUGCUCAAGUCUUGACAUGUUUCCAGAGAUUUUAGAAGUUAUGGAGGAACUAAUAAGGCUUGAUUUAUCCGGAUCAAAAAUUAAAAAACUGCCCUCGUCAAUUAAUAAUCUCAUAAGAUUGGAAAUUUUGAUCCUAAAAGAUUGCAAGGAACUCAGGAGUCUUCCAAGGAGCAUUUGUCAUCUUGAAUCCCUAUAUUAUCUCUCUCUUUCUGGCUGUACAAAUUUUGAGGUGUUUCCAAACAUUGAAGAAAAUAUGGAAGGAUUAAGAGAGCUUCAUUUGGAUGGAACAUCUAUCAAAGAGCUUCCCCCCUCGAUUGAACAUCUUCAGUGGCUUGAGUUAUUAAAUCUGGAAAACUGCGAAAGCCUUGUACAUCUUCCCGACACUUUAUGUCAUUUGGCGCGCCUUGCAGCUGUCAAUCUCAGUGGGUGCACAAAUCUUUCUCAAUUUCCCGUCAACUAUGAGGAUUUAGCACGCUUGUGAGAUCAUGUAGUAGUUUCUGGAAUGGGGCAUGCUGAUAUUUUGACACGUAUACUACUCUCCUGAACAUCAUCGGCAUCCACUACAGAGCUCCGUCUUGGCUAGGGCUCCUCUCCGCCCCAACCCCCCAAUUUCUAGAAACUGUGAAGAUAUUGUUUUGUCAAUUCCCGUUGCAAAUUUGGGUGAAAGCUGCUGGAAAGAGGUCACGUGAAAAUUUCUCUUCUUGGAGUUAUGGUGGAGUUGGGGAGGAAGAACAGAGUAUUCAGCAGCUGAGAUUCAAAGCUGCUUCACUUUCUUUCUCAAGUGUUUCAUCAAGGAAGAAGAUGGCUGAGGAAGAUAUCAAAAUUUAUGUUUGGGAAUGAGCUUCCCGCCAAAAGAGAGUGAAAUUAAGGAGAGGAUUAAGAAGACCAAGUAAAAAAGAGGCUUGGUUUUGGCGUGGUUUUGCAAUCUAUGACUGCUACUGUUACAAAGCUUUUUGAGGGGUUGGGUUUGUUUGUUUUGGCGUCAACAUCCCCAUCUGAGCAAAUCCAUGCUCAGAAAUCAGAGAUGAGAGCCCCAAUACCGUUGCCUACACCACUGUCUCAGAAAAGCUGAACCCAGAUCUCGCGAGAUUCAAGCUCCACAUGAGCGGAUCCAAAGGCCAAACCUCCAAUCUUGGAGUCGACACACCCAGAGGAGAAACAUUCACUGAUGUUGUUGGGAGCCCUUACUGUGUGGUGCCAGAAGUAAUACGGAAGCACUAUGAAGCGAAGGUCACAAUCGAGCAACAAAAGGAAAUCCAACAACAACCAUCACCUGCUCACUUCCCAUUUGACAGGAAGCAUCUGAAUUCUUUUAAAUUCUUAGGAAGAGAAUGCAACCUUAGACCCCAUUGGAGAUGGCGAACGCCUUCAUUGUGACCGUGCCAAGUCACGAGGCAUCCUUCCACCUCAACUUAAAGACUACUAGGAAUAUUUCUUAGAAUGAAACCUGUACACUAACAACAAUUUUUCCUACUUUGCCCUAUAAAAACCAAAACAAAUCAAUCAUUAACCGUUCGUUUGCAGCUGAGAAUCUGUCAAAUGAUCAAUUAAGCAAUAAAAACAACAAUUCUUAACAGUUUGGUUGCAGCUGAGAAACAGGCAGAAAAUCUAAUGAAUAUACAAAAUUUGUCAUGUAAAUAAUUAAGCAGAAUGCUGAAAAUACAGCAGAUCAAAAUUAAUAACGACCCCAAGCCAACAAGGCUCCCGUUUUGCGAGGAUCGGGGAACAUAGACUGACCUUGUUUGCAAAGAGGUUGUUUCCACAAAAACCACAAAUCAAUAAGCAUAAAUUAAACAAUGGUGUCUGAUUUUUAAGGGCUAAUUAGGAACUGAAUAAUCAGCGAAGAACAAUCCACUAAAUCAUACAUAAUUAAUAAAUAAAAAUUGAAUAUUCUACUGACAAUUUAAUCGCCGAGAAACUGCAAAAUUAACCAUCUCCAUGGAACUAAAAAAUAAAAAAAAUAAAAAUCGGUUUGUUCAUUGAUUUUGUGAUGGGGAAAAAUUAGAAAUAUACCUGUGAAGCACAGAGCACAGCAGAUGGUACCUACGACAAGAGAGCAAUCAGGGAGAUCGGAAACCGCCCAGCUCCGCCUUGAACGAAACCCUAACUCCUAACAGAGGCAGUAUUGUAAUUUGGCGCGACAGACAGACGGACGGAGAUUUUGAUAAAUUUGGUAUUUUGAUAAAAUGUUGGGCCUCGGAUGAAAAUACGAAAGACGGAGAGGGCUUUUUUCUAAAAACAUACUCAUAAAAUGUAAAAUAAAUAAUAAUAAAACAUGACAAACCAUAAACCCCUGCGCACCACCACCACCACCUCCUAAAUCCUCAGCCCCGCCGCAUCAACAUUCAGGGUCCCAUCACGGUCGCCAACCAUCGCAGCACCACCACCACCCCAACUACCACACCUCCACCCAUCUAACCUUCCCCUCUACACGAUCUCUCUUUCUUUCUGUAUAUCUCUCUUUCGCUCUCUACCAAAGCUCGAAAGUUUGAGUGAUGGGGAAGCCAGGUUCACGAUCAGAAUCGUCGACCAAAGCCGACCGCAAGUUCGAAAAGAAGCUCGAAUUUUAUGCUAAGGUUAGAGAUGCAGUUUCUUCCUUGGGUGCACAGAAGACUAUUGUUAAGUUGAGGAUCUCCAAUUCAUCAACUUUCGCUUUGUUUGACGAAAUACCAAUGCUUUUCCGGUAUUAUCACCGGAGUUUUUGUGCUACAUAAUUUUUCUUGGUAGUUUAGAUAUGUCAUUUGAUGAGGUGAUAUUGGAGGAGGUCUGCAAUGGCGGAAGAUGUAUUUGAGUUUUUAGACUUCAGAGCAAUUAAUUGGCGGUGACAUAAUGUUUAAUGUUCAUGGUUUUCCGGUUGGUUGCUUUGAGCUCAUUUUUAGGUAUUGGUUGUUUGUCUA